AUGGGGGGCUUCAUCCCGGCGGGCAAUGGCCACCAGCCACCGGCGAGUUUAAUUAAAGAGCUGGGAUGUGGUCUGUUAACCCGAUUUCUGACAGGGCUGGCCCACCCGUCAGGUGCCACGUCGCACAAACCAGACAGCGCACGGGUGGACGGCCUAGGGCACGCGCGUGGUCAAAGCGUUGCCCUCCACUCGCCGCCGCUCCACUCGCUCACUCUCACUCUCACCCCCACCCCCCCACCCACUCUGCUCUGUCCUCUGCUGUCGCCGCCGGAGCUCUUCGCCGCCGCUGGAGGCACGGUUCCCUCGCCGCCGUUGAAGAUGCCGUCGUGGAAUGAUGGAGAGGAGAGCAGCGAGGAGGAGCUGGUCGGCAUGGAGCUGGAGCAAAACUGGGUGAACCCUGGCACCACUAUAGAUGCAUCCUUUUGUGGUAGAGCUGCAGAUGCAAGCAUCACAUGUAGACUGCACUUGGCCCCAUGCAUGAAAUAUGUUGCAUUUGAAGGAAAGGACACUGGGAGGAGGUUCUAUGGAUGUGCUAUUCCUCAGGAUGGUAUUGAUUGUGGAGUUACUCAGUGGGUUGAUGCCCCAUGGCCUUCUAUUCUGCAAAGAUGUUUGGUGAAGAUAUGGGAGAUGUUUCAUGAGGAGAACAAUGGCAGAAUGAUUGACCAUGAGAAGUAUAAGAAAGAGUUGGAUAAGGUGCACAAGGAGUUGGAUACACUUGGUGAUCAGUACAGUCAGCUGGUUCAGGAUGUCACCAAGAUGUUUGAUUGGGCAGACCAAAACAACAGGGUCAUGAGUGAUGAAGAGUUCAAGCAGAAGCAGAUGGAUGUGGACAAGGACAUGGAGAAGCUAGCUAUCAGCAAGGAGAAGGACAAUGAUGGCAUUGGCAAGAUGAAGGAGACGGAGAAACUAGCUCAGGAGCUCAAGGAGAUGAAGUGCAUUUAUAGAUCUCAGGGAGAGAUCAUUAGGAACACCAGGAAGGAGAGAGAUGGCUUCAAGAAAGAGAGGGACUGGCUGAUAGAGGAGAAGAAGAGGCUGGAGUUUCUGGUGGGUGAUCUUAUGAAAGCUGGUCAUGGCAACAAGGACAAGCUUGAGAAGAUCAAGUCAAUCCUUGCUGAGUGAACAAUGAUGUUCAUCAGUUAUGUUAAGCUAAUAUGUGGCCUUGGAACAAUAUAGCUGGCCUUGGGGUUGUAUAUUUUGGGAAUUCACCUAGUUAUGUAAUGACUGUAAUGAUUAUCUGCAAAACUACCUCCAGUUAA